CGUGGAGGCGGUCUGCCUGCUUCGCUUUCUGUUAUCGCUUUUUUUACAGGCUUCAGUUAAACAGCGAGGAAACGAGGGCGAGCGGACGGCCGAGCGAGGACAGCGAUUUACCGUCAAACAAAAGCGCUUCGGAUUGAACGUCGACGACGGCUCGACAGGGCCAGGAUGUCCAGCGAGGUGCAGAGAGCAGACGACAGCCCCAGCACGAGCGGUGGGAGCUCGGACCUCGAGCAGAGAGAGACGGCUCCUCCGGAGCAGGAGCGUGAGCCGGCACAGCCCAAGAAGAAAGAGACCAAAAUCUCAAGCAAAACCGCAGCUAAACUGUCCACCAGCGCCAAGAGGAUUCAGAAGGAGCUAGCCGAGAUCACUUUGGACCCCCCGCCUAACUGCAGUGCCGGUCCUAAAGGAGACAACAUCUACGAGUGGAGGUCUACUAUCUUGGGACCACCGGGCUCUGUGUACGAAGGAGGCGUGUUUUUCCUCGACAUCGCCUUCACACCUGAUUAUCCGUUUAAACCACCCAAGGUAACAUUUCGCACACGCAUCUAUCACUGCAACAUUAACAGUCAGGGCGUGAUCUGUCUGGACAUCCUGAAGGACAACUGGAGUCCUGCACUCACCAUUUCCAAAGUGCUGCUGUCCAUCUGCUCGCUGCUCACCGACUGCAACCCAGCGGACCCUUUGGUCGGGAGCAUCGCCACGCAAUACCUGACCAACAGAACUGAACACGACAGAAUAGCCAAACAGUGGACGAAGAGAUACGCCACAUAAAGAACCAGAAGUCCUUCCUCGGAGCCUCCUGCUAUAAAUCGUCCCUCUUUCCUACCCUGUCGUACCUGUCUACCUCUGUCACCGUCCUCUCAGAGCACACUCACAGUAUAUAAUCUCCGCUUCCCCGACCGCCCUGGCCGCUUUCGGUGAACAGAACUGUCCUUUUGUUCCUCGUUGACUUGAAAGCUUCUUUUUUAUACAAAGAGUAGACUGGGAUUUUAUUUUCCAAUUAUCUGAAUGUUUGAAUUAUCCUAGGAAGAAAAUAUUGCUGUUGUUGCUAUUAUUAUUAUUAUUAUUAUUAUUAUUAAUGUUGAUCAACCUCAUGUAUGUAAGUGGCAUCAGGAACAAAUACAGACUGUAAUAAAUCCCCCUUUCCACUCAGACACACACAUACACACACACACACACACACACACACACAACCACGCUUUUGUUUUUUCACUCAUGGUAUGUGCAUGUUAACAGGAUGCCGAUUUGCACCCACAUCAACACCAAGCUCCGCUCUGUUUGUAACAUAGUUUUUAAACACAAUGUCAAAAAGCAGCCACCGGAAAAGUCUGGCUAGUGGCUAGAUGGGAAAUCACAGGUUUGUAUAUAGUGUGUGACGCAGUGAGGUUUGUUGUGCACUUGCUUUAUGAACAAACAUCUAAUAAAACACUGUGGCUGAAAUGUGCAUAA